CGUGGCCCCUAGUGGGUGGGCGGACCCGCGACACAAUGCUGUACCAACAAGUGGUACCAGAGUGGUGCAGAAUGCGCGGCCUAGGCGCCUGCGCGCGCCCCGCUCCGCACCAUACGCGCCGCGUAUAGUGGACUGUACGUACUUAGAGUCGCGAGCCGCGUGCGAGCGACAAGUUCUGUCAGUCCGACGCCGACCAUGACCGCGAACGGAUGUGAGUCGGUGGAAGUGCCGCCGGUGGUGGACAAGGCCCUCAGGGAUGUCGCGGCCAGGAAGGGCUACAAGAAACCGCGCUUCACGGUGACCACCGGCUCGGGCGCGCGCGACGGCUACCUCAGCACCAUGUACCGGGCCCACAUACACGACGAGGACCCCACCGGCCCGGCCGACAUGAGCGCCAUGUGCAAGAUGUCCAUGUCCGUCAUGGAGAGCAUCAUGGGUGACGUUUUCGCGGCCGAGGGCCACAUCUACAGCAAGGUGCUGCCGGCCAUGGCAGAGGUCGCCGGCCCCGAGUCCACGCCGCGCUGGCCGCAGGUGCUCGACGUGGCGGUGGACGGCCCGCUGCCGCACUGCGUCACCCUGGAGGACUUCGGGCCGCUCGGCUUCGGGCAGCCCGUGCGCACCAAGGGCCUGGACGUGGACCACUGCCGCCUCCUGACGCAGCAGCUCGCCAAGUUCCACGCGGCCGGCUUCGUCCUCAAGCACCUCCACCCGGACAAGUACCAGGCCCUGGCGGCGCCUCUUGAGAACCUCUUCGACAGCCAGGAAAUGAAGGACACUUUCCGACCCUUUCUGACAGGCAUCCGAGCACUUCCAGACUUAGUGACCGAAAGGUGGCCAGUGGGCAGCAAGACACACAAGCUGAUCACCAAGGCCUGCGAGGCGGCAUGGCAGGACUUUAGCGUCAUGGUGGAGCCCGCCAGCUGGGAGAACGACGGCGAGGGCUGCUGCCUGGCACACGGCGACUGCCAGAACAACAACGUGGCCUUCAAGUACGACAAGGACACCGGGCGAGUCGUGGACUGCAUGCUGUACGACUUCCAGAUCAUGCACCAGAGCAGCCCGACCUUGGACCUGACGCGCAUACUCCUGAUCUCCACGGACCAGGAGAUGCGAGAAGCCCACCUGGACGAGCUGCUGCGCGGCUACCUGCGCGACCUGCACGCCCACAUGCGCGCCGGGGGCGUCCAGGACCCCGAGCGUGUCUUCUCGUGGGACCUGCUGCAGAAGCACAUGCGGCGCACCGCGCUGUGGGCCUCCAUGGCCCAGCCGCUAUUCCACAACAUCCUGCACAGCGACGACACGGCCGUCGCGCAGAUGCGGGACGCCCUGGCCAAGGCCGGCGCGCUCGAGGAGCAGACCGAACAGCAAGAAAUUCCGCUGCAGGUCACGCCGCUGCUCAAGCAGCGCUUCAUCGACCUCAUCCAGGACAUCACGGACCGCGGCUGGAUGCCCACCGAGGAGGACUUGGACAAGUGGGUGGCCAGAGAGGCCUGACUCCAUCGUCAUCACCAUCAUCACCCCCGCCAUCAUUACCACAACCUCCACCCACCAUCGUGUUUGUUAUCAGUCCCACGAGCAGAUAGGGGCUUGCCUCGGCCGGAGCUCAAUAACUAAUCACCACCUGUCAAGUUUCUUUGUUAUGCAGAAGAUGUAACGUUACAAAAACAUUGAAAAUUGAGCCUUUUUCAAUUGUACACGUGGUGAGAGAGCCUGCUUUUACGUUUGCCUGUGAUAUUAGUCAUCUUUCACAAUCAUAUGAUCUUUUUAAAGAAUGGUAGUAAUAAAAAUUGAUGCAUAUGA